AAAAGAAAAAUAAGUAAACCCUACGCCCCGUUUCCAUCCUCCUCUCCCAGUUUUGCUUUCCUGCUCGUCCGUUGUUGCCGCAGUCGCCCGUCCGAUUCGCACGGCAACCAGGAGUUUUCUGAUGGAGGCUACGGAUUGGGAAAUAUCUUCAGGAGGGGCUAGUGAUGAUGACGAUAAUUUCGAGCAAGACAUAAAAGAAGAAGAAGAAUGUCUUUGUUCAUCCGGGAACAUGCGAAAGUUGCAAUUCAGGAAGCAUGCUUCAACUGCUCGCUGGAAUGAUGAAAUGGGAAUGGCGGAAGUUUUGGAGAACAAGGGUAGCCUUUGGACGACAUCUGGCAUUGUACGUUGUGGCAAGAUUUAUUGUUCCAUUGAGGAAACUUUAUUUCUUAUUGAAGUUGGGGCUUUACAUCUUCUGGAUCAUGAUAAUUCAAGUCUUUCUCUGAAAGAUGUAUACAAGAAGGUAGCUGAAGGAAAAAGUGAAUGCAUUUGGGAGCAGUUUGAGGUUUAUAGGCACCUCAAAUCCCUUGGUUAUAUUGUUGGAAAGCAUAAAGUUCCAUGGUCUGUGAAGGGUGCUAGGAAUGGCGGCGAUAUUUCUUCUCGAAGUUCUAUUGAAAACAAAGGAUCAACAGAUUUUGGAUCAGAAGACGAGAAGUCGAUCUGUGAACUUAUAGAUGCCAUUCAGCUCAAUGAAGUGACACCCAUUUUUGAUGUUUAUCUUCCACAUAGCAAGUUUAGAAAGUCCUCUCCUGGUGAUCCAAAUUUUAUGGUCUGCUUGACUAGGGGAUAUCCACCUCCAAAAACAGAUAUUGAAGUUAUUGAAAGAAAAUCAGGAGGUAUACCAAUGAAAUAUUGUCACGUUGAACAUGGACGUGUCUGUUUCUUUUCAUUUGAUAAGGUGGAGCUGCCCGUCUUACCUUGACAUUGUUGUGGAUUGGUCAUGGUCAACUAGUAUAUUAUGCUAUUCAAAGAUUUAAUUUAUUGGAUUUGUGUUUGGUAUGUGAUUUGAAUCCUAUUUUAUGAUUUCAGACGUGUGUAGGAAUAGAAAGAAUACAGAUUAGGAGAGUUUGGUGGCAA